AUGAAGAAGGGAAAGCAGGUGGGUGAUGACAAUGAGCCCCCCAGUUAUCAGGAGGCGACCGCAGGCUACGAUGAGAUGGAGGCUCAGUUCGCCUGGGACGACAAGACCAUCAGGCGGACCUUCAUCAGGAAGGUCUACGCCAUCCUCAUGGUUCAGCUGCUAGUGACGGUGGCGAUUGUCAGUCUCUUCUCAUUUUGCGCACCUGUGAGGUUUUUUAUCCAGACUCAUCCGAGCUUGUACAUGGCGUCUUAUCUCAUGUUUUUUGCCACCUACAUCGCACUGUCCUGCUGUGGGGAGCUGAGGAGGCAGUUUCCCUGGAAUAUCAUUUUGUUAGUUCUCUUUACUUUGAGCAUGGCCUUCAUGAUGGGAUUUGUGUCAAGCUUUUACAACACAAAAUCAGUGGUUCUGUGUCUGGGAAUCACGACUCUGGUGUGUCUCUCUGUCACCGUCUUCAGCUUCCAGACCAAGAUCGACGUCACAUCCUGUCACGGCGUCCUGUUUUCUCUGUGCAUGGUCAUGCUUCUCUGUGCCAUCACCCUCUCCAUUGUCGUCCCUUUUGGAUAUGUUCCCUGGUUACAUGCCCUGUAUGCUGUGGGAGGAGCCAUCCUCUUUACUUUGUUCCUGGCAUUUGACACCCAGUUGCUGUUAGGGAACAAGCGCUACACUAUAAGUCCAGAGGAAUAUGUUUUUGCGACCCUCAGCCUCUACCUGGACAUCAUCUACCUGUUCAGCUUCCUGCUCCAGAUCAUGGGAGGAGGCCGCAGGUAAAGCAUUUGCCCUGCCCUACAUACUGCAAUCUGUCAGAUCAGCUCUUAUCAUCUUAUCUUAUCAUCUCAGUUUGAUGAAAACACAAUCACACUUUUGAACUUUUGUUUCUUGUCCCUACACUCCCGUUUCUCUGGUUUUGUCGCUAUGCCUUGACAUAGCCCGGACUGAUACCUGACUGUAGUCGUUCACUGUACUCUGCCCUGUAUGUGUCAUUAGGUUUGAGUUGAUCAUUUGUUUGUUUAUCCAUCAAUGAGCCAAAAAGGAAGAUCCAGAAUAUCUGCACUUUUAGGUUGAGUUUGCUUUAAUAACCGACUGUUUCACAAGCCAUGUACAGGAGAUACAGUUUGUUUUAUACUUGUUUUUAAUGCACGUUACCAUAGAUGACAAGUUUAAUGUGUUACUGUACGUGUGUAAGAUAUAUUCAGAUCCUUUUGAGCACAGAUGUUUAUGGGGGGAAAUACUGUUUGAGCUAAACAUAAACUACUGGAUUUAAAGACUGUGUGUUUGUGGCGUCGUAAAUACUUUAACAAGUUACUUUAGUUAUUAGACAUCAGACGCACUUUCUAUUGUAACUUUAAUGUGGCCUUUGGGAUGUGAUAGAAAAUGAUUUAAUGUAAACAAGUUGAUGAUCAGAACAUGAGUAUUAGGAGUUUAUGUCGCUCCAUGUGUUUUAUUAGUUAAUAAAACGUUAAUAUUUUUUUUUAA